UAAAACUCUUGACUAGUAGUAUUUUAAACCAGUGAUUAAAAUGACGUAUUAUAUUACAUCGUUUCGGUUUUUAUUUUGCAUUUUCUAUCAUGUCAAUACUGCGUUGAGUCAAUUCCCGAAUCACAUGGAUUUCCAAAAAGUUAAUCAAAUAAUCAUAAACGACGAAGAAUACACCGUUUUGAAACCGACUGUACAUUUAGUGACGGAUUAUUUCAAAGAAUAUAUACUGAAAAGGCGUAAUACAGUAGAAACUAACAGAAUAUUUAUGGAUAACAAUGGCUAUCGACAUUUCUGGAAAGGUAUGGAAAUACCUUCACAAAACUUAAGAAAGACUGACAGGUCUAUCAAAGAAGGAAACAUAACCUCAAAUAUACCCAAAGUUGAAACAGUGACAAAAUCUAGUAGGACCAUUUCAACUGACAGGGAAAAUGAAGAAAUAACUACUGUCAAAAAUACUCCAAGAAGAUCAAAAAGAAGAACAACAAAUUUCUACAAACCAAUUUUAAGACAAAGUCGAGCAGGACGUGUUAUUACUACUUCCUUCUUUUGUCCAUUCUUCGGCGUGAUUACGAUGACGUUAAAUACUGGUGAACUUUAGACGAUUUGCAAUAAGAACUGUUAGUAAGAAAAUUCCACACUGCGUCGAUGUAUCGGCGCAACACUAGCUUUAUUAAAAUGUCAACGCUUAUGUCACUAAUCAA